AUGAGUGGGAUAGGUGAAUCACGUACAGAAUUGCUGAAUUGGCUGAAUGAAUUGUUACAAUUAAACUAUAGAAAAGUUGAAGAAUGUGGUACUGGUGCCGCUUAUUGUCAGAUAAUGGAUUCUAUAUAUGGUGAUAUUCCGAUGCCCAGAGUUAAAUUUACAGCUACCGCCGAAUAUGAAUACCAGACAAACUAUAAGAUUUUACAAAGUUGUUUUCAAAGGCAUCGUAUCGAGAAGACAGUUUAUGUUGAUAAAUUAAUCAAAUGUAAAUUUCAAGAUAAUUUAGAAUUUCUACAAUGGAUUAAAAAAUUCUGGGUACAAAAUAAAGAUGAGAGCCCUUAUGAUGCUCAAGCACGUAGGAAAUAUAGACCUCCAACUGGCAAUGGAUCAACUACCGGAUCUACACCAGGUGUGGUGAAAAGGAAAACGAGUACUGUUACUGGAUCUAAUUUAAGUUCUAACACAUAUAACUCAAAUUAUAGUAGCAGUGGAAAUUUAAGGGAUAAUAGCAUAAGAUCAGCUUCAUACGGUGGUGUCAGAAAAGCUUCAAAUGAACAAUUAUUGGCUUUGCAAGCAGAGUUAUCUCAAUCUCAUUCGAAGGUGACUAGCUUGAAUAAAGAAAUAACGACUUAUAGAGAGGCAAUGGAUAUAAUGGAAAGGGAAAGAGAUUUUUAUUUUGGAAAAUUACGAGAUAUAGAGAUCUUAGUGCAAUCUACCCAAGAUUUAAUAAAAGAAGGUGUCUAUAAUACAACAACAGGUUCCGAUACAAAUGAAUUAAACAAAUUCCUCGGGAAAGUUCAACAUAUACUGUAUGCAACUGAAGAAGGAUUUGAAGUAAAUAAUGUGCAACACGAUUCAAAUGGUCAGCAUACAAAAGAAUUAAAUAUAAGGAAUACACAUGUCAUAAAUGAAGAUAUCAGUAAUAAAACAUCAAUUACAUCUCAACCGACUGAUAACUUAAUUAUUGAUGAGGAAACAUUUUAA